ACUAAACUUAAACACAAGAUAAAUUAGACCUCUUGAUAUACUGCUAACACAGAGGAUUUGUGAUAACUUCAUGGCUUAAUAUGGGAUGCUCUUCACAAACCUCAUCAUCGUAGUCCCUGUUUCGAGUAUUGCUGCAUGUACCGCAGUUGCAUCAACACCAACAAUUGCGAUGAAGAGAGCAUUUGUGGGUCGUCUCCCAUGUUGAAUUCCUGUUGAUUGUGGGGCACUGAGGUUUCAUGGUGCGCUCCUCAGCAACUCAGCUACUCAGCAACUCCACCAUUUCAUCGUGCAGCAAUACAAUUUGGUGGUGUUAAGCUUGAAGACCCAAGCGAGGUCCAUGUCCUGGUCUGCAUGUGGAGUGGCGAGAGAGAGUAGGGCAAAACCGAACUGGGUCCAGUCAUGGUUGCAAAGCAAAACCGAAUUUCUCACGCUCUGUUUUUGUCUCUUGAUGCCUUUCGCUUGGGGGAGCUUUGCAAUAGCCAUCAUUUGCAUCUGGGUCUCUUUUACUCCCUUGCGUUGACGCUACCACGUUUUCGUUUCUUUCAAUCUUGGCGUACCAUGAAUAUUUGCCGAACAUGGGACUUGCUUGCUCUGCUAGGGUUUGCUCGCUGUCGUCUGGACCUUCAAUCAGGCCGUGAAUCGUAACAAUACGAUGUGAUUCUUCCUCGCUAUCGCCUCCAGUGUUGGUGUGUCGUGCAGCUUCUCUGUCCCCGCUUCGUCAUCUGUAAUUGAACUGUGAGGGUGGUCCAUCAGCGUGCUCUUCUGUAUUACCGCUGUUCAUCGCCUUGUAUGUAUAUUGGAUUGCUGCAACAUCACCCGUUCAUAGUGUUUGUGUUUGAUCCUCGGUUGGUCGCAGUGUAAACUUGCGGAAUUUCGUGUUUGUAGUAAGGCUGGCUUGGUGGGGCUUCACUUCUCUGCGCAAUGCCUACUCGGCUGGCGUGUGUUUUGUCAGGAGUACCCACACCCGUGCAGCUCGAGUCUCAAUGCACCACGUAGUUCUCUUGCACAUCCUUCUUCUGGUGGAAAAUUUGUUGUUCUCACCUUGUGACACUUGGUCCUGAGGCGGAGAUGUCUCUGGUCAUCCACAGUGACAAUCCUGGAAAAACAGGUGUUGAAAAUGCGCAAUAGUUUUGAGUGGAAUUAGGUUCAUCCUUCGGGAGAAGGGCUCUUACGAAUCAGGUGUCAAGCACUACAUCAUACUUUUUGACAUAUCAGUGAUUUUUCUGAUGGGGUUUCCUGGCGACGGCUCCAUGAACGGCCUGCUAUCUCCAUCUACUGCUAAAUGGUAUCCUAUUCCAUUGAAAAUUGAGCUUUCCUUCUGCUCCGGUCAGUUGUGAACCGGAAUCCUUGGGCUGGACUCGUAAAAGUGUGCACUCGUUUUGAGAUCAAAUGAAGAAACGAGCCAAGGCAGGAACACGACGAGGAAUUGGAGCUUCUAAAGAGUUAAAGACUCUCAUACCAGCCAUAUGGGGCUGGAGAAGGCGAAGAGAGGACUCAUGCCAGGUUAAGCUGCAGUGUCAUGGAACAACGGCGAGCUUCUAAUACUAAAGUAACUUCAUUAAGUUAAGAAGAAAAUUAGUCUCAUUGAAUAAUCUGUCUACGUUUUUCAAUUGGAAGCUUACCGAAUUUUUGCGUAUUGAUAUGUUAGCAGUCAUUGGGCACUAUCUUCAUGUGGCUUGCAGAACAUGUCAGGAGUUCACCAUGCAAAGAGAGAAAGAGAAGCUGGAAAUAGCCAAGAAGAUCCUCGAACGUCGGAAAAAUGAGCGUGACCAAUUGAUUGCGUGUAUGCGCGCUGUGCAUCCAGAUCAUUUAGAAAGGAUGCAGAAACCCAACUUGGAGGGACAAUUCGGUCGACCUGCUUGGAUAGAUUCCUUACGAAGCGAUUACGAAACUCUUAUUAAGUUGAGGGAGAAAGAAAUUGCCGUUGCGACUCUAAGGUUACAAAAGCUUGAGCAACUUCCAAACGAGAGCAUGCAAUUGGAAGGCACGGAUAUAAACCAUGCCAAUGAGGGUGAAGAACCUUACUUAUCGAGUAAAGAAUUUGGGUUCCACCAAGAUGGACUCAAACCUGGCUCUGACAACAGUCGCAUUGGCACGAAUCAGAGGAGUUACGAUUACGUGCAAAAUGACAUGGAAGAAUUGAGAUACUUAGAUAAUGAGCUGUAUUCGUUUCCGAUUGAGGCAGUGAAAGACCACACCGACAUUGGCAGAGAGCUUCUUAUGAUACAACCUGCAGUGUUCAGAGAGCAUUCCUUCAACAAUCUCAAAUCAGGCGCCCGAUCGUUGCUGCCCAGGCCACACUUCAAUCUUAAAGCUAUUAGAGAAGCUCCUCCUCUUAAGUCCUGCUUGAAGUCAAACAAGGAUAUUCAGAAAUCGUCAAAUUCUCUUUCAGAAACCCCAUUAACUUUCUGUCGAGCAUCAACCGAUCGAAUGUCCUCUUUGACCUCACAGUCAACAGCAGUGGAAACCUCCUUGGACACUGGAGCACCAUUCUUGCCAGAGUUAAAUGCGACUCCGAGAAUUCUGAUAACCAUGAAAAAUUCAUCAACGUACAGGACCAUGAGAAAUCAGUUCCAGCUGGACCAGGACGCGUUGAACUGGGGAAAACACCAAGACCCGGAUUAUUCCAAUAAUUCGUUCAGUAUUCCAUUCGAUUUAAACUGCAAAGAACGGUAUCCUCCACCAGCAGAAGAGGUGGGCAUAUCAGAACUGCUUCAGCUUUCGAAUGUUGUCUCUUCGGAGCAGAAUACCUCUUCAAAAGUUCCAUUCGACAACGCAUUAUCAGAGGCUGACAUUGCAAUAUCUAGCUUAGGUCGUCAAACGGAGACUGAAAGUUCAGACACGCUGUCUUGCUGUGGCAUGGAUACAUCAUUUCACGAAGCUCGAAGGGACAUUUCAAAUAUUCCAAAUGAUUUCUCACAAUCAAAUCCUGUGACACCAUUAACCUGUUUUACUCAUCCUCCAAUGUACACAUCAACCUACGAAUCUUGGCAGAGAGACAGAGAGUUCCAGUCAUCAAAUCUAGAGAAAUGGUCCACACCACCAAUACAAUUUAUAGAUAAGGAUCGAGGAUCAGAAAGGGAAAGCUUUCUCACAUCACUAGACAGUGAGGCUGCCACGACAAGACUACUUGCUGAGGUCAUCGCUGUUCAAUCACGCCUUGAGGAUUGCAAGCUAAAGCCUUUGGACUUGCAAGAUAUUUUCGGACAUUCUCUCUGCCCAAGCAGAAGUCGUAGCAGACUCGAGAAUCGCGAUGGAGCUGUGAUGGCUCCUGCAGAGAGUUUUAGCGGGAUGCAUUCAACAUCGGAUUAUGAACGUGAGUUGAUUCACAGCCAGGUUGAAAAGGGAACUACAGGGACGAACAUGCAGACCCAUGAAAUAUUCUUACCCAUACGUGCUUGUAAUGAGGGCAAAAUGGAACACACACUAGAGGAGGAAUGUAACGAUGAGGAGGCAGUAGAGUACUCUUCCAACGUCGCUGGUGCAAUCUCAGUAGAUGACGAAGAGCAGGACCCAAUGACAAACAUCUACUGCAGCAGUGCCGAAUUGAGCAACUUCAUAGACGUGCCAACGUCUUCCGAAGGGAUGGUAUCCAGAGAAAAGCUUAGCGGACCCGCUUGGGAAAUUCCUUGGAAGAACCAACCACAACAACGAGGAGGGGUAGAGCCCAUUGCUGAUUCAAGAUGCUGUGGCACAAAGAAUGAACAGCCAGCAAAUUCGACUGCUCCAUUGUCGCCUAUGUGCUCAAUCGAGUCCGUGGAGUUACCUUCACCAGUUAAUAUUGGUUUUCAUUCUGAGGAUACGAACCAAUUGAGGGGUUCAAAUGAUCAACAACCAUAUGUGAAGGACGUUACGGUGCAAACAGAUGAGAAUCCAGAGAAGGGUGGAGAAAAUUCUCGUUGUCAUAUGGAGUCUGCAAGCAAUUCUACAAGUACAGGGGUUUUAGGUUGUAACAAGCUAGAAAAGACAACAAACCUACGUAAUUGCUCUCCAAUGAGCACAGAAACGACAUCAAAAUAUCUGAUUAUUGGAUACCGAGAUUUGAAUGAAGCUCCACGAACGAAACCCUCGAAGCAUUGCUUUUAUUCCUCACAGGGCCCGCUUCAAGUUGGAUAUUCGCAAGCUAAACAGUCUCCAAACGGGAAGCAGAACAUGCCUCAGAGCAACAGGCAAGUCCAGCCUUGUGGAUUCCAUGACUCUUCGAGUGAUAAAGAGAAUCACGGCUUAAAUCCCCCGGAUGAUCAAGAAUUGAGUAUCCUGGCUUCUUUGGAAAGAUUGGACUGGAAAUUGGCUGCCAUAUCAGCGAGAGCCAUGAAUCGAACAAACAGAACACCUUCUCGGGCAUCUCAGGACCAAACUCCCACUCAAUCCGCACCAGCAGCUACAGGAAUCAAAAGAGUAUCCAUUGAAGAAACGCCAGGGAGGUUUCCUGCCAGCCCAUGGAAGCCCUCGUCGGUGAGUGUGCAGAAACCACCAACAACGAACUUCCGACAUCAAAGAACUUCCGAUAUCAAUGAAACAUAGUAGUGAAAGACAUCCACAAUUAAAACGUUUGAUUAUCUUAUCAGAGCAAUAUCCCAAUAAACGAUCGGUGGAGUAAGAGUUUCGCUUCACAAGUUCGUAAAUGGCAUGUAGCUCCGCUUACGAUAACCGUGCCAGGCUUUGCAUGGAAAAAUUAAAAAUUAAAACUCUAUGAAUUGAGGUGGUGUAGAUUGCAUUCAAAAGAUCUGGUAAAAGAGAAUCCUGAUGUAUGAGGCAAUCCGUUCGAUUCUGAAUGAUGCAGACAAGUACGACGC